GGAGAAACAGGAAGUAGAGUCAUCAGUAUCGAAAACAAAGCGACACGGAACUUUAAUUUGGCAAAAACAUGAACAUGACGGCCGAGGGAAAAUACUUUGACCGGCCUGACUGAAGACAUGAGACAACCUUUGCUUCUUCUCAGGCUGUCGCUGGCAGUCCUCCUCUCUGCCAAAGUGCUGGCUCAGCAGCCGGUAGAGAUCCAGUUCCAGACAGACCCGGUUCUGGUUCAAACUGGUUCUGAGAUCGUGUUCACGGUGCUGACGGUGUCCCAGGUUUUCUCCAUGAAAUGGCAGUUCCAGGGAGGAGUGACUGUUGGUCAGUGGAGCUCAGGAGCCUCAGCGAUUAACCAGGGAACCCAGUUCGUAGGUCGGGUCACCAUCUCUGCAAACCAGCUCCGAAUCGUAGGCGCACAGCUCCGAGAUGCGGGGGAUUACACGGUGGAGGUGACCCCCUCUGGUACCACAGACUUUAUUGUUAACUCCAAACCGGUACAGCUGAGAGUCUUUGAUGCAGUGGCGGGGGUGAAUCUGAUUGUUCCCGCAGUUGCGAUGGAGGGGAGGAAUGUGUCUCUGCGGUGCACAUGGACUGCUGGGACAGAUAUUACAGUCCAGUGGGGCAAAGGAGGUGCAGCCAUAGUCACCGACGCCAGGAUCACUAUCUCAGGCGGCUUUCUAGUCAUCAACCCAGCCAGACGAAGUGAUGCCGGGGAUUACUCAUGCACCGUCAGCAACCCUGUCAGCGCCCAAACCACCACACAGAGCGUCACUGUCUACUAUGGCCCUGACACCCCUGUGCUGACCAAGAAGAGCGCUAAAGAGUGUGUUGGGGGAGGGGAUGUGUUGGUGGGACAGGAGGUGCGUCUCACUUGCUUGUCUGACUCGCUGCCCCCUGCCCUUUUCUCAUGGCAACGUGACGGACAGACGGUCGCCACCGGACAGCCGGACAGCGGGGUGCUCAACCUUCAGACUUUCUCAACAGAUGAGAGCGGCCGGUACGUGUGCACGGCCAGAAACGGCAUCACCGGGGGCUCGUCGGAGCAGGGGACAGACCUGGCCAUCGUAGCCACGUGUCUAAACGUCGGGGAAGUGGUGGGGAUUGUGAUUGGCUGUUUGCUGCUGCUGCUAAUCCUCGCGCUCGUCAUUGUGCUUAUUGUCUUUCUGGUGCGACGAAGGAGGGCACAGAGACCAAGGGAUUCUGCUGUGCUUGUGCAGAGGGACUACCCAAAUCCCAGGCUGAUACCUCCAGAUCCACAACCUAAUGGUGCAAGGGAUUUGGGCCAAGGUCCCCAACCCCCCCUCUAUCACACACGCCAUCCUGAGCGCGUAUACGCAGCCCCUCGUGAAAUAAGCAACCCACAGACACUGCAGCCGAACGGGCGGCAUAACUCCGACACACACCGACAGAAUGGACGAUCCCACGCAAAUGGACUCCUACAAAAUGCAUCUAAUAAUGCCAAUUCAUACUCUCACAAUGGCAUUGACAACAGGGCUUUUACGCACACUGAUGCUCAAAAUGCAAACACACUCCCGAGCACACAACAGCAAAAUCCUAACAUUCUCAUACAGACUGGCGGUGCCCAGGGCGGCAACCAGCAGCCGGGGGUCCACCUCAGCCUCAACACACUGCCGCAGAGUGCCCAGCAAAACAACAAUGCACAAAUGCCCACCAUACAUGUCAAUCUUAACUCAUACCCAGCCAACAGCCAUCAGCCUCAGCAGGACAGCUCAUUUCCUCUUACCAAUACUGCCAAUAACAACACUUUGCAAACCCAUCAGAACAUAACACACACAGAGCAAUCAAAUCCCAGAAUGCAAAGUGGGCAGCCCUAUCCUAGUGACCCCCGGCUGAAUGGCCACAUAUCAGCAGAUCACCAAGAUCAGCCUAGACUUGUCCCGACUGGAUACACACACUAUAACAGUAAUAACACUCUCCAGCGAAACGCCGACACACAGACGUACCAGCGGGAGCCAGACUCCCCUCGCAGGUCUGAAAGAAACUCUUGGGAUCUCCUGAGAGGCACCCCAGCGUAUCCCAGCGGCAGGCAUCAAAGAGGACCGACAUCUCCUGAGUACACCUCUGACACAGACUAUACCUACCAUCCUCCCAUACCAGAGGCAAGAGCAUCCAGCAGAUCUCAGCCUCGACUCCAGAGCCAAAACACUUCACGGAGCAGAGCUUCACCAAGACGAGAAGCACCGUCAGAGGACCGUCGGACACGGAGCCAUUCUGCUGAUCAUCGAGGCCCAAACACUCGCAGCGUAACACAGCUUGAGGCUGAACACAACACACAGAGAGUGAGACACACACAAAGGCAGAGCGCUCAGCGAGACAUCAGAGAAACGCCUGGUAGCCAGAACGCCCCCAGGCAGGAAGCCACACACAGGAAUAACCCCCAGGCUCUGCCUCUCAUGAGCCAGCAGGCCUCUGUGGGCCGCUCUGCUCUGUCACAAGGUCCCACGACACAACAGGGACCGGCUGCAUCUCGGGGUGCAGAUACAAGAGCGUUGGCUGAUCCUAAUCACCUUCUACAGGCACAGAGAGCAGCACAGAUCCAAACUUCAACACAAGGCCUGGGCAAACAGACACAGCCUGUCAUAAACGGUGCCAAUCAUCCCCGCCAAGGAGGCACUGCUCCACUCCCAAACUCUUCUGCCCAGCAUAAUCCCAGUAACCUAACCCAGGCUGCUCUCACAACCCACACUGAGAGGGCUCAAACAUUUCAGAAUAGGAAACAUCAGACAAUGGCUGCUCUGCUUCACCCCGGAACACAGACACAGGUUCCUGCUGACGGGGCUAAGCAGCCACCAGCGCCUCCUCCUGUGAUGCCCCUCACAGAGUUCCAGACCCUCCCUAAGAAGCACACCCCGCACAGAUCCCCAGUCAGAGGGCCUCAGCCCCCUAGACCUCCUGUCAACAUGCCGAUCGCUCAACGACACCAACAAGUACAACAUCGGCCCACCAACCAUCAUCCCCAACGUGGACACAUGCAUGUUGAUCCUCACCGGCAUGCCGAUGGCCGCGGGCAUCCUGCACACUUCACCCAUCCCGAGCAGCAUCAGACUCACAGGGGGAGACCAAGAUGAUGACAGAUGUCAGCAGACUAUUCUCUACUACUGUCCCGCAUCCACUGGCAAACAAACAGCUGACACACUUGAUCCAACGUACCACCGAGCAAGACUGACUGCACAAGGUUCUCCUCUCAAAAAGGCUGACACACCCGGGUGUCUCUGUCGCUUAGCUUUUUAUAAAGAAAAUCAAAAUGUCUCCCAUGGGUAUUACAAAGUGUAGUAUUUUGGAUUAGAGUACUGCUUUUCUAGAAAUGAAUGUCAAAUUACCAAAAGAAGAAUGCUCGAUUUGCACUUAUUAAAAGAAUGUAUUGAAUAAGCUACCUGAUACUGAAUGUAUUUUUAACCUAAAAUCCUUCCCCAUCAACAACACUGCUCUCCACACAGACGUCAUGUAGUCCCACGUGAAUUGUACUAUUUUGCCUUGUGAAGCAGUGGUCAUGCAUCAAACUUUGCUGCUGAGCCUCCUCCGAGCAGACAGGCUCAGUGAUCCAUAGCUCUUGACCGAGCUCACACCCCCUCAUCCAUUCAUCAUCGAGAGAUCUAAACAACAGCACCUUGACAAAUGCACUUGAGGUGCUUGCAUGCAUAUAUCUGUCUCUAUUCUGAGAAAAUAAUUCACCCCUGGGACGGGUGACAGUUAUGAAAGAAGAAAUUAGCCGUAGGGGCGGCCUUAAUGUAAAUGGCACUAUUUAUUUUGCGCCUUCUGUUUACGGAUGCUUCUUAUGACACUUCUCAAUUAAGGGAUUCGCCUCAGUGGCGCUCGGGCGUAAUGCUCAGCUAACUAUGAAGGGGAUCCCACAAAUGGAUGUGCGCUUAUCAAUUAAAUGCUUUUUAUGUGACUUAAAUGAUUUGGAAAGUAAUCACACCCCGGCCAUGAACAAGGUCAGCACAAAGACUGGAUCUGCCACGCUUUCUGCUGAAGAAGCAACAAUGAACUGUCUGCACUGCACUGGGUCAGGGACAGCACAUUAAAAACAAUGGGAUCUCAUUAUUUUACAGAUGAUGUGUUUAUUGAUUUAUAAUGUUGGUGCUUUAUUUAAACUCGGGUUUGCUUGUAAAAUGUAUUCUUUUGGUUGCACCAAUUGAUAACAAUGCUAUUAUUUCUGUAUAUAUGUUCCUUUCAUACGGAAUUUCAAGUAUGAGGCUGCAAUGAUUGUGUUUAUUAUUGUCAACAAAUCCAUGAAUUGAUCCUACUUACAAGUGAUUGGUCUCUGUGCUUUAGAGCUCCAUUGUUGUCUCAUAAAUACACAUCAAUGAGACACACUACGUGACAUGGUCCAGCAUUACCAUAAACAUGGCUACUGUACUUUAUUGGAGUCAAUAACAUUAACAAUAUCCUGCUGCUGUAAAUUAUCUCACUUAAACACAGCAACACAAAAAUAAAGUCAAUAUGAAGUCAUAGCCUCACACUGUCCUGCAUACGGCAUCCGUUUGCUGUAAAUGAACACAAAAGCAUCAAAUGUGUAUUAAUCCCGAGCUGAAGAUAUCUCCAUAUAUGCACCAGUUACUGCACCAUAGCAUUUGAUGGUAUCUUCAGUGUCCAGAAGUGGCCUUUUUUUGUAAAGAAGGUCAUAUUUGCAUCCUGUUUGUGAAGAUUUAUGUCCUCAAGAGCAACAAAUGUGAUGAGAACAUUGAACAGGGAAAGGAAGUAACACUUGAGAGACAAAAUAAUGCACGGUUGUUUUCCAUCUUUACGUGGGAUUUGUUGACAUUACGAAAGAUUCAUCCUCACAUCGAAAUACAUUAACUUAACAUCCAAAUACACGGCACAUCUGGCGACUACAGCCAAACAUCUGGAGCAUGAGAUUGACUUUACUGCCUUGAAUUAUGAUGCUGUUUUAGGCAAAUGAAUGCUUGUGUAUAGUUUAUACAGAUGUUACAUAUGUAUGUGAGAUGUUUUCUUUUUAUCUUUAUCUCCUCAGGAAGGAUUCGUACAUUGUUUGGGCUUCAGGAAUCCAUUAUGUUCUCAAUAAUAAAAACAUGUUUUACAUAUAA